GUUUCAAUGCAUGAUUUGCUGAAAGGUGCAGUAGAUAAAGCUGUUGAGAGUAAGAAUGGACACCUGGAUCUGUUCCUGCGGUUCCUGCUGGGCGUCUCACUGGAGUCAAAUCGGUCUGCACACGCAGAAAUCCUGGCCAGGACACGUCCUGGGAAAAUGGCACGUAUGGUCACCCUACUUUACAUUAAAGAGAAGAUCAAAAACGGACAAGCAGUCUCCACUGAGCGAUCCAUCAAUCUGUUCCUCUGUCUGCUGGAAGUGAAAGAUCAGACUCUGUCCAGAGAGAUUCAGGAGUUUGUGAAAUCAGACAAACACUCAGAGAAGAAACUCUCUCCUGCUCACUGCUCAACAAUCACCUACAUGCUUCAGAUGUCAGAGGAGUCGCUGGAUGAGCUGGACCUCAUGAAAUACAGCACAUCAGAUGAGGGGAGAAGAAGACUGAUACCAGCUGUUAUCAACUGCAGAAAAGCUCUUCUUGCUGGCUGUAAUCUCACUGCUCAGCAUUGUGAAAUUGUGUCAUCAGCUCUUACAUCCUCAAUCUCUGUCCUGAGAGAGCUGGAUCUGAGUAACAAUGACCUGCAGGAUUCAGGAGUGAAGCUUCUCUCUGAUGGACUGAAGAGUCCAAACUGUCAGCUGAAGAUACUGAGAUUGUCUGACUGUAUGGUGACAGAGGAAGGCUGUGGUUAUUUGUCUUCAGCUCUGAGUUCAAACCCUUCACACCUGAGAGAGCUGGAUCUGAGCUACAAUCACCCAGGAAAAUCAGGAGUCCAGCUGCUCACCCACAAACUGGAGGAUCUAAACUAUAAACUGCAGAACCUUGGUUUGGACCAUGGAGGACAUUUCAGAAUCACACCAGGACUGAGAAAAUAUGCCUGUGAUCUCACACUGGAUUCAAACACAGCACACACUCAACUCAUCCUGUCUGAGAAUAGUGACAACAUAACUGUGAAAUAUGUCAAAGACAAGCAGCCGUAUCCUGAUCAUCCAGACAGAUUUGAUCACCAUGAGCAGGUUCUGUGUGGAGAGAGUCUGACUGGACGCUGUUACUGGGAGGUUGAAUGGAGCGGCUCAGGUCAUGUAGCAGUGGCAUAUAAAGAAAUCAACAGGAAAGAAGGGAGUGACUGUCGGUUUGGACGCAAUGAAAAGUCCUGGAGUCUUUUCUGUUGUGAUAAGAUGUACACUUUUUGGCACAAUAAUAAGAGCACUGACAUUCCUGCCCCUUCACCCCCCUCUAAUAGAGUAGGUGUCUAUCUGGACGUUGUCUUUCUACAGCGUCUCUGA